AUGUCCAGCCACGAAGACGACCUCGAUCUUCUUCUUUCCCUUCAGGAAAGGGUUCUUGAAACCCCUCCCGCUUCUCCCUCACCAGCAGCUGUAAUAGCAGGUUAUCUUUCCGAUGAUGGAUCGCCAAAGCCUAGGGAGAACCCUGAUAUGUCCGUUUUCAAAAACGCCGUUCAGGAUUGCCUUUCUUACCAACCUCCUAAGCCAACCACCAAACCCGUUCCCGUUACUAAUGAUUCCCAGGUUGACAAGUUUUCAGGUCUUCGAAUAAGGAACCAAUUGUUAACCCCUGCAGAGCUUAGGGAAUGCUUUUCCGACAUUCGCUUUGUUCGGUUAUCUGUUAUCAGGAAUUUGUUGAUUGGGGAUACUUUUUCUGGAAGUUGGGUGACUGUUGGAGUGUUGACUGAGAAGGGGAAUCAGAAGACAAGCUCAACAGGGAAGAGUUAUUGUAUAUGGAAAAUUGGGUGUUUGGAUGAAAAUACUGUGUCUCUUUUCUUGUUUGGAGAUGCUUAUCAGAGGAACAUGCAAGAGCAAGUGGGAACCGUCUUUGCACUGUUCAAUUGUGCUGUGCGCAAGGAUACCACGGGUAAUGGUUUUUCUUUGAGUAUAUACUCCCCUAGUCAAAUUUUGAAGAUGGGCACCUCUGUUGAUUAUGGAGUUUGCAAAGGGAAACGAACGGACGGGAUGGCUUGUACGCUGGUCAUAAAUAAGCGUCAUGGGACAUAUUGCAAAUAUCAUAAAAAAAAAGCAUCUGAGAAAUAUUCCACAAUGCGUAGUGAACUCAAAGGAGGAAACUUAAGAACAGCAUUUAGGCCUAGAGAUUACCUCAAAUCAGAAGGAAUUUACUUAGUUGACCCUCUUACUGACAAAACAAACUUGAAGAAGUCUCAACCAGUGAAAUUGUUGUCCGUGGAUGGCCUCAAAAAGGCAUUGAGCAAUGCAGGAAAAGUAACAACAGCAAAAUAUUCACAAGGGAUUCGAUUUCUUUCUGAGGUUGCAGGCAAGCCAGAUCCAAAAAUGGUUAACAAAGGACCCAAGAUUCCUCUUGAACAAAGCAAUUGCACAGAGAAAAGGAAAUCAUCUUUUGUGAAUGUGGGAUCCUCUGCAGUCAAAAGAAACCGACAGUUAGAAGUUAAAAUAAAAAAACCAGAUGGGCAAGUUUUGGCAGAUAAAGCCACCAAGAGUGCAGGAAAGAUGAUUGAAUUAGAUCUUGUUAGUUCGGAUGAGGACUUCUGA